AUGCAGCGUUUUAUCACAACACUUGUCGUGAUAUGGCUCAUUGUCUCGACGAUCCUUUCUCUUACGCUAGCAUCUCCAACUCCAUUCACCCUCACCUCUUCUUCUAUACAACACAAACAAGAACAACCACUAGGCUUCAAGAAUAUUCUCGUUUUAUGUUUACCAUUUGCGGGACAUGUUACCCCUCACAUUGAAUUAGUAGAAAGUCUUGCAUACAGAGAAAAGAUUGGAAAUAUUACCUUUGCAAAUGUGGAACUUGCAAAGCCGUUCAUCAGAAACCUUGAAGAUAAGAAGAACGCUGUACGAAUGAGUCAAGACGAUGCUAGUCAUCCAUUUACUAAAAUUCACAUUCACUACUUGAAUGACAAAAAUUUGGAUUUCAACACUCCUACAAAAUAUGAACAAAUCACAACAGAGAUGGACUCGCUACCAGACGAUAAGGUGCGAGAGAUCAUGAUCAAUCGAUUGCUAGCUCCUUACCAAAAACUACUACUAGAUCAAUUGGAAGUUGUUGAGGUCCAUGAGGGAAGUGUUUUGAGAGUACUUGCAUUUGGUACGCAAGCAGCAUUGUCUACUACUGAACACAUCAAAAGAUUUAUCAGAAUUAAGGAAGAUCCCUCUCAAACGUUAUUUGAGUAUGUUGUGGUUGACAAUUUUCUCACAGGUAUUGCUGCCGUUGUCGCCAGAUAUAAUGUAGCCUGUACCAAAAUUUUCAGUUCCAUAAUGAACGACCCAUUGAGACAUCCAACGCUUAAUGCUCCAAAACUAGAGUAUUUUACGCAUUUUAGACACAGAUUACAAAUACCCAUGUUUAUCAAGAAAGAUCUUGCAAUUUUUAACCAAAUCAGGAGUGAAAUUGGUGCUAAUUACUUUGAUAUUAAUGAUGUCAAAUCAAGUGAUGUCAAGUGUGCUAGAAUUCAAACAAGUAGUUUAGGACUAAAUUAUGCUUCAUCAAGUACACAACAACCAAAUUCGUUCCUCGUGGGAGCUUUUAUUAGCCAGAAGAAUUUGCAAGCAGAAAUUAACAAACUCAAUCGUAUGUCUCUUGAUGCCGACAAUAAGGAAUAUUAUAGGAUUGUUGAGUGGAUGAAUAGCCAAAAUGAAAUACUGUUGGCCAUAUUCGGAUCGACCAUGAAACUCAAGGAAUUCGAAUUGAAAGAGCUGUUGGAGGCGUUUAAUAAUUCUUUAAGACAAACUACACUUUCGAUCGUGCUGGCACUUGGAUCCACAAACUUGAUGCAUUUCAACAAAUUACAGCAUUCUCACCCAUUACUCAUUGAUGCGUUAUUAUCUCAUCCAAGAUUCAAGUUACUUACAAGCUUUGUACCACAAAAAGCUCUUCUCUCUUUUGAAAAUGUGAAAGUUAUGAUCACUCAUUGUGGAGCCGGUAGUGUUAAUGAAGCCAUAUAUUUUGGAAAACGCUUGAUUGGCAUUCCCUAUGAUUAUGACCAAUUUAGAGUAGCUAAUAUGAUUCAAGAGACCAGAGUUGGUGUUUCAAUCAUUACCUCCAAAGAUGAAAAGGGAAAAUGGGCUGCUGAUACUGUAUAUGAAGCUAUUAUCACUUUGCUUUACUCGAAUGAAAGCAAUAACUUCAGACAACAAGUUCACAAAAUGCAAACUUUAUCAAGGUAUGCUGGUGGAGUUGAACGAGCAGCUGAAAUUAUUGAGAUGAUGACACAACUCGAAGGCGAUUUAUCUUGGGCUAUUGUUGACAAACAUUUGACUUGGUAUCAAUUCUUUUUCAUUGAUGUCAUUGGAUUUUAUCUUGCAGUGGUGAUAUCUUUGAUAGUUGGAGGUUGUAAAUUAGGGUUUCAUUGUUGUAAUAAGAAAACUUCUUUGAAGAGACACAAUAUGCCCUAUUAUUAUAACUAUGAAAAUCUAUCUAAGUGA